UUGUCAAGUCGAGCGUUUGGCGGGAAACUGAGACGGCGUGGGGGUCUAGGCGUCUGCUGCAGGUCGCUUUGUUUACAUUCGUAUUUUCCCUAUUUUGUGCCUCGUUUACGAUCUGUAGCACCGCGUCUAAUGACCAGUGUAAGGAGAAAGGGGUGCAAGAUGUCCUGAGACGGUGGUCGGGCGGUGGUGAGUGAAAGGUGAGCGGUUAAGGCCGCUGUAUUCAACAAGUUGGUCCGUGGGCGGAGAGGAAGAGCAAGUGCGCGCCAUCUGUCUCGCGGCGACAGCAUUCGACGAGGUUUAAAUAUCCUGUUGAGAGUGAUACCUGUAGCGGACACCAGUCCCCCAGCAUCCACCAGUGUAAUUGGUUGUGGCUUUCCGUCAUCCCCCCUAUCCGUCCCGGCACAAGUAUUAGCCCACCGUGCCCAAUAACUCGUUUUAAAUAGCUGCACCUCAGCCAGUUGAGCGUUUAAAGGUCCAGCCAGCCAGCCAGCUGCACGGGAGGUCAAGACCAUCCACGGUGGAAGGUCAAGGUCUACACCAGCCACAGCAGAAGAUCCGGACAAUCCACGGGGGGACAGGUUAUCGCUAGCAGUUGGGGGGAAAAAAACUCCCCCAUAGGUGAUCCACAGGAGAAAAGAUCCCAAGCCUCCAGGCUCAGACAUGGCCGAGGGCAUGGUAGUGGUAGGGGCCGGAGGGGAACCUGUGGCCCACCGGACCCGGGGUGCCCUGGAGGAGAUCCCCAGACCUGCCUCCAUCACCCUCCGCCACACCCAGCUAGGCAACUUGGACAACUGGUCAGCAACAAUCAAUCUGCCGUCUUCGUUUCUUUCUCCGACGCCUUCGCCAGAUGAACUUAUCAUUCGAGGGCGUGGGAGAAGAUCACUUCCCUUGGAAUGGUCUCCAAUUCCAAUAGAGAGUCCUAUUAAGAGAUCAGAAAAAACUCCAAUCAAGAGGUCUCCUGGGAAGGGUAUGAUUGUUCUACGGUCAUCCCCAAGGAAAAGGCUGCAGUUAAAUGAUACUCCACCAAAAGACUUGAUGGAACACCGACGGAUGAUGCAGAUGUCUCCUAUUGUGAAGAAAUGCCGUAGCUUGACUGUAUCUCCCAUGCAAUCCCCACCAGAAGUGGCCAUUAAGGGACUGUCAAAGAAUCAGUUGGUUGAGGUUCUCAAUCGCGUUUUGACAAAACAUCCAGAGCUUAAAGAUGAAAUAUCAAACAUCUUGCCACAGCCUGACUUAAAGCAGAUGGAGGAGAAGCUCAACUUUCAGAAGAAGUGCAUAUUCAAGGCUCUCCCGAUUUCACGUCUUGCAUCCAGGACAGACUCGCCGGCCUACAACAAAGCUGCACCUCAUCUCGCCAACUUCAAGAAAAUUAUUGAGGAACAGUGCAACCAGCUAAUGGAAGCUGAGCAGUGGGUGAGUGUUGUGGACUACACCCUCCUGGCAUGGUCUUAUGUACGGGCCACUCCAAUUUGGGACUCCAACCAACACAACAAUUGCCGCCGAUCGAGUUUCAAAAUUCUUGCUCGACACUGCCUCCAGGGACUUAAAGAAGUGCACUGGAGUCCAGAACAGCUGGAAAGUCUUUUGAAGAAAUUAGAGCAGUGUGCUUCAGACCACGAGGAAAUGUUACACUGCAUAGAGCACGUGCGAACUGUCCAGAGCAAUCUCUGAUGAGUUAAAAGAAUAUCUGAAACUAAUAUUUAUUUUGCUAAAUUUGCAGGCGCAUUGAUGUGGGUAAAGGAAAAAGAGGGUAAGAUAACUAACUCUCGGUAAGAGUUAUGCCCUCUUUUAUUUUUAUUUUCAUUUUUUUAAAGCUGUUUACUUAUGGACAAAUAAUCAUUAGUUUUCUAUAAACAUUUUCCUAUUGGUAACCAAAUAACAGGAACAGAGUAGUGUCAGUUAUAACACUUGGUUGUUAAACUUGCUGAUGCAGAGUCUGUGAUCUUUCACCAAAUGUUUGAUUUUAGGUUUAGGGUAAAUCGUUUGUUUGCGUGAUGGCAGCGCGUGGUUUUGCUCGAGGUAAGAAUAUGUUUGAUGCGUCUGGUGUUUGUAAAGAGGAAUUUAUGCCCUGCAUAAUGCUAUAAUAUUCAGCAUAUGGAAAUUCUUCCAGGAUCAUUUUUAGUUUUAAGCCACCCCCCCUUCCCUCCCCAUGUGUUUUUAUUUAUUGAGUGUAGAUUUGUCUAAUCAGCAAAAGGUCAUUGAAGGCUUUCUGAUUUUGUUGCUUAGAAUGAUUUACUGUACGGCAACGAAGGUUGUGUGCUAUUUUUAGUGAUCGCUUCGUCUACAAAGUUAUAAGUUGUUGAUAUACUUUGCAGGAAGUUGGGAGAGGACUUAGUGUCUCCAUCCCAGUAAUGAUUAAUCUUUUGGAAGAAUUUUCAAUUGCAAGUGUUAAAAAAAUAAAAAUUCUAAUAAAAAUGAUUCAACUUUUAAAUUACAUGGAUUAAAAACAGUUGAGAGCUCAUAAAGCCUUCCUGUAAUGUGCCAUUUUUGGAUACAUUGCCACAGCCCGUCAUAAAUAUUAUAUCCAUUCUUUUAUUACAGUUUUGAAAUGGGGGUGGGGUUGCAUGUCAAUAAUUUUAACAACUAAUUUUUUUUUUUUUUUUUUAACUUGGAUGUCAAAUAUUUAUCAUAAAAUUUUUAUAAAUCAUUUUUUACUUUUUAUCAGUUGAUUGUCAAUACAUACAUAUUCAAUUUGCUUAAUUUGCAUACUAAUAAAUACAUCUUGGUAAUAUUUGCUUUCACAAUUUCUGUGUUACUCUCUGCUAUCUUAUUUUCUCCCCCAGAGAAUCUGUGUAUUGUAUUCAUAUGCAAUAUUUGUAUAUGAUUAUACAAUCAUUGCCCUCUCAUUUGAACAUGUUGGGGUCGACCUUGUAUAAAAAUCCAAACUUCUCAUUCACUUAGGCACAUCUGGAUGAAUAAUUCUGUUCUUACCAACAGUUUUGUCUGCUCUGGCAAAUGAACACAUCCACUAGGGCCGUGCUGAGGGUUUGAACCCUCAUCACGGCCCGUGUGGAUGUGUUCAUUUGAUGCAUCACGCUAUUGUGAUUUGUGUGUGCAUUAUGGCAAAGCUCGUAGUUUUCCAGUGGGUGAAUUUGAUGCAGUGAGGUCUAAAUGUAUCGCUUUUGGUAGCGGUAAAGUAUAAAAUAAAAUGUUAGGAUUACUUUUUUUUUUCUUUACCACUGCUUACCUUUUGUGAGCAUUGCAGACAACACAGCACUUAAUGAUCUAAGUUUUCUGCAUUAGUGGGAAUUAUACAAGUUUCCUCUUCACUGGACUGCUAGUUGAAGCUUAGAUCGACACAGUCCAUGUGUUUUGUGCCAGUGUAUUCCAUUUUUUUUAUUAUUAAUAUUAUUAUUAUUAUUAUUAUAAAAUCUGGAUAUUGUAUAGCAUGUCAUGUGCCGUUGGGCAGCAUAGCUGAACAAUUUUUUUUAGGCCUUUCCCACAAUUUGUCCAUAUGAAUAACUGCAUGUUAUUCCUGUGUGCAUUAUUAUGAAAUUGAUGAUUGUAUACUAUUGACAGUUUUUUGUUUGUAAUAUUUUCCAUAGUUCCUUAGAGCUUGCACUUCCAGCUUGGGUUGGAAAUGCACCCUAUUUGUCUAAGACUCAAGUACAGAAGUGUAUAUUCAGUUUCAGUCCUUUGGGAAUUAAUAAAUGUGUCCUUUACCUUGUCAAAGUACAAAAUUUACUUGUAUUAUGGAUUUAGUACUAAUACAUUGCCUUGUGCAUGAAGUCCAUUCUUUAACAUUUUUUGUAAAUUUUGCCAUUUGUGCUCAUUACUAAUAUAUAAUUGGGAUGGUAUUUUAAUCAUCUAAUUAGCUAUGAUUACAAAUUUCCUCAAAAUGCAGCAAGCCUUAUCAAACUUCAUCACACCAUUCAUUGAAGGAAAUGUAUUAGUAGAUGUUGAUACUUGGGAUUUUAAUUGCCACAAUAAGGAUUGAGGCAUCAGACACGCUGUCCAAUACAGUUAUUGCGUUCGUCUCCAAACAGGCCUCGUUCACCACACACAUUGUAGGUGUGUGUUGCACGACAACGUAAGGCAAUUGUUCUGAUCAAAUCGCAUGCUAAACCUUUUACUCGCCGCAUACCCUGAGAUGUACAAACUUAAAUUAUAAAAUGAAUAGAGUAUAAUUGAAUCUAUAUAGAUGUGAAUAUGCUUGUGUGUAUUUGGAAACACCUGCCUUCUCUGUUUGAGAAAUGGUUUCAUUUUUAGUUAAGAGAGAAAAUUCAACUUUGAAAUAAUUUUAUAAGUUCAUAAUAUAAUUAUAAUGGUUUUUAUUUGUUGGGGAAAAAAAAUGAUUAAGCAGCAAGUAAUAUUUAAGCUUCUCAAGUAGUAGUAAGAGGUUAAUGCUAGUUUCUGCUGCAUUAAAAUUUGCCAUGAUUUUAAGUCUUGUAAUUUUGAGUUACUGAGAGUGUAGCCACUUGUAAUAUUACGUGAAGAGUCGGUGAAGCAAGCUUUUUUAUUUGGGUGUGAUUACAUUACAGUAAAAGUUAAGAGUUUCAUUCUUGCUAUUAUUCAAUAAUGGAAUUCUCAUUGUGCCAGGUCCACUGGGAACAAUAGUGAACGUGGCUGCUGAAGUGCCUUGUAUUAGGGUGAUAAAUAAUUUGUGCGUUCAACGUUUUAUUUAAGAAUUGAAAUAGUUUGUAUGGUAAAAUUAUUAAUUUUUUUAAGUGAAAUAAACGAGCAUUGCUUCUGUAAGUUACUCUGUUUUUGGCUGUUUUAUACUUGUAGUGAAAGGUUAUCCUUAAAUAUACUAUGCAGUGUGUAAAAUAUUAUAUAUGUAUAUAUAAAUAUGUAUGUAUAUAUAAUGUAUAUUAUAUAAUACAUACCCAUGUAUACAUACUGUGUACACGCAUUCUGAAUUGUAUCUAGUUUUCAAAUAAAACCUUAAAUAAU